UGUGAUGAUUCUUAUCUUGAACACAGUCUUCGUUCACUUCCAAAGGCAAAUAUCCUCCAAGAGGAAUACACAGAACUUAAUCAGAACCAAAUGGAUAUCUUGCAUGAAGAUUGGGUGCAGGGGCCACAUUUACGCUUUGCGUGUGCGCAACUUCUCGUCGGAUGUAUCUUGGUUGAUCAAGAGCAAAUUUUAUUAGUCAAUUGUAACGAAGUUUAUGGUAGACUUCGAACACUCGACGCGCAUUACGAACGAUUUCAAAACAACUAUUCAAGCAUGCUUCCGGAUGAAAACAUCUCUGUAUAUCAAGAUAUAUGUGUUUGCAAUGUAGACGAAGACAACUCUCAUAAACUAAUUAUCGAAAGCUUCGUUUUCAGCUUGUUGAUUACGUUAAGAGCUCGUUUAGAUGGUGACAACAAGCCAGAGGUCAACCACUCAACUUUCAAUUUUAAGUCAACCGGCAAAACAAAAAAUAUUUCUAUCCAGCCAUUCAAUAGCAAAAGCAAUUCAUAUCAUGAAGGAACGUCCAACCAAAUUGUAUACCCAACAUCUCUAUUCAUAAUUACGUCAAGUAAGAUCCUCUUUCACAUCCCCUAAUACAUAUUGUAUCAGUUGAUGCUCUUCCAAACUAACCAACAAUAUGAAAUUGCGCCUAUACACCAUAUUCACCGCAGCAGGUACUUCUGGUGGCAAUCUCAAUAGUGAUAUGAAGCUUGGAUCUCAAAUAUUUCAAUUUUUUGUAUUGUGUGACCAUGUUGAUUUUGUUUUGCACUCAGAAUUAGCUUCAAUUGAAUCUGCUGCUAUCGAAAAGACUACUGAGUCUCGAUGAGGAUAAAAUAAAAUUCACAAACAGCCGUUUGGAGCCGCUUUUGACUUCCCUUGCUCAGUCAGUCACAUUAAAGCUUAAAAAUUAUAAUGAACAGGUAAUUGCUCGAAUUACUGCCAAAAUGAACAAC